AUGAAGAACGCGCACUGCGAGGACGGAGGAGUACAACUUGAAGGCUCCCAAAUCGUGGAAACUCCGUCAUACGUAUACCUCGGACGUUCUAUGAACAUGGAAAACGACUUGAAGGAAGAACUGAAUAGAAGAAUGAGAGCAGCAUGGGCAGCAUUCGCAGCCGUCAGGGAAGCUACGGACCAACUGACGGACCAUGAUCUUCGUGCCCAUCUGUUCGACUCGACAGUCCUUCCAGCGCUCUGUUACGCAGCGGAGACGUGGGCAGACACCGCGGCCACGUCUAGGAAGCUACUUACUACCCACAGAGCCCUUGAGAGAUGUCUCCUGAAGUUUAACCGGCGCACACAACACCUUGCCGGUCUUCGUAGCUCCGACUUAAGAGGAAUGUCCCGUCUUCGCGACCCAGCGGAAUAUGUAUCGAAAGCAAAACAUAGAUGGGCCGGUCACAUCAUGAGAAGAAUCGACGAUAGAUGGACUAAAAGAACGCUAGAGUGGAUCCCAAGGGACGCUAAACGCCCCAGAGGGAGACCGCCAACGAGAUGGAGUGACGUGUUCGCUGCACGGAUGGACCAGCUGAGAGCUCAGCUGGAUACGGCUCAAGGACCUCGUCAACGUCACUCACGAAGCUUGAGAACAUCUUGGAUGACAAUGGCGAGGGAACGAAACGAGUGGAAGAGAUGCUGGGGCCCGCACGUCGAGUGA